CUGUGAAAAUCAAUAUGAUAUUUUUCUUGUGUUAUUCUUCGCUUAUUGGUGAUAAAAUUUUAUGUUCUUCAAUUAACUGUAAUAAUGAGCGUGGCAAAAAAUAUUCCAUUUUACAAAAUAUUUAUUUUGACUAGUCUCUACGUACUCGACGUCGUUGUAAUUGAAUGGUCGUAAAACUAAUUAACGCCUAAUGGGUGCUACUUUUUGUUCGUGAUGUUCAUGUAAAUAAUGUGAAUAAUAAAGUUCAUGAAAGUAAGAUUUUAACUGAUAUUAUGUACAGAAAGAUUCUAAAUUACUUUAUAAGCUGUGCAUAGUUAGUGUAAAUAGAAAACGAUGAGGUUUCAUAGAAGGUGCGGCGAUCGGGUCACACUUUUAAAUGAAAACUCCACAGCUGUUAGAAAUUUUGUAGAAUUUAAUCAUGGCUUGAUAUUAAGCUCGGAGCCUCUGAAGGAUGAUGUUAUAUUUGAAGUGUCGGUCGAUAGAAAGGUAAAUGUUUGGAAUGGCAGUCUGGAAAUAGGUGUUACCACGUUAGAUCCUGAGUUUAUGGAACUUCCUGCUACGGCAACUAAACUCAGAAAUACAGCAUGGAUUAUGUCAGGCAGUUCCAUCGUGAAGGAUGGUGUCACUCUGGUCAAUUCCUAUGGACCCGAGCUGGAUACUUUGCGGGAGGGAGAUUGCAUUGGAGUUAUGAGAACCAGUAAGGGCGAGUUAACAUUUUAUCUGAAUGGCCGUUGCCUGGGCAUAGCUGCAAAAGAUCUUCCUCAGCGACUGUUUGCUGUCAUCGAUUUGUAUGGCCAGUGCGUUCAGGUGUCUAUACUGCGCACUAAUGAAAUAAGACCUAUAAUGGAUACUAGCAUUGAUCAGGUUGAAGAGGAUCCGAAUAAUGAUGAUACCCUCACUUCAAGUGAACUAGAUGUCGCCGGUCUUCCAACUGAGCCAAAAGAACCUCGUAAUAUAUACAUUCCAAUGACUUCCGAAGGUGCAUGUGCUUUAGCACAUGACCGUUUGCGGUUUCACCCAAGAUGUGGUAUCUUAGUGAAACUGUCAAGUAACAACAAGACUGCAGAGCGGGCCCGUCCACUGGACGACUACAACAAUGGCGUGGUGAUGACUCAUCGGCCGCUGUAUGACAACGAGCUGUUUGAGAUACGCAUAGACAGGCUCGUCGACAAGUGGAGCGGCAGCAUUGAGGUUGGUGUAACAACCCACAACCCAACCACAAUCCGUUUCCCUUCCACAAUGACCAACAUGGACUCCGGUACCAUCAUGAUGUCAGGCUGUAAGGUGCUGCUCAACGGCCAUGGGACCUGCAUGGAGUAUGGCAACUUUAACCUUGAUGAACUUAGGGAAGGGGAUACCGUGGGAAUGAUGAGAAAGAGCAAUGGUAAAUUGCACUAUUUCAUAAACGGCGUCGACCAAGGCGUUGCCACUGAUAAAGUAGACCAACAAGUUUGGGGAGUGGUGGAUUUGUACGGCAUGACCGUCAAAGUGUCCAUAGUAGAUCCUUGUGAGGACAUUGACAGCAACAUCAACAUCAAUCCACCUGUUUUGCUCGCUUCUCCUGAAAUUCCUGCUCCUAGCAGAUUUAGACCAAGAAUAGACGAAGAGAGCCUUUUAUUUCAUACGCUGCGUGAUUCGAAUGUUAUUAUUAUUAACGAUGGUAAGACUGCUCAUAGGCCUAAUGCUUUCAAGUACUUCAACAACGGAAUCGUAAUGACGAAUCGCACUCUGAAGACCAACGAACUGUUCCAAGUGCGACUCGACCUCGUGAUCCCGAAGUGGGCUGGAAGCAUUGAGAUUGGAGUCACGCAGCUAUCUUCUAAUGAUAUCAAGUUUCCAUUCAAAAUGAGCAAUGCUGAAUCCGGCACGUGGGCUGUGACCGGAGAAGACGUUAUCCGAGAUGGUUCCAUCGUUAUUCCUCAAUAUGUCAGAAAUCUCAACAAACUUGUGGAAGGGGACACAGUGGGUGUCAUGCGUAAAGAGAUGGGCAUACUACAUUUCUUUGUCAACGGCGUGGAUCAGGGACCGGCCGCUUUUAAUGUACCUGAACACGUUUUUGGCAUAAUAGAUUUGUACGGGCGAGCGGCGCAAGCGACUAUAGUUGACGAGUACACACCACCACCGAUCUAUUCACCUGAAUCUCCACUUUCUACUGAAUCUAACGCUACUAUAUUUCCUGAAAUGUGCUUCCACCGCGUCCACGGCCGCAACGCUCGGCUCAGUCGCAACCGCCUCACAGCUUGGCGAGCGACCGUCUACUCGGAGUUCAACGAUGCCGUGCUAUUCAGCUCGCGGCCUCUACGCGAGUGCGAUAUGUUCGAGAUGCGCAUCGAUAAGAUGGUCGAUUGCUGGAUUGGGAGCAUCGAAAUCGGUGUAACAGCAAUUCGUCCGGACGACUUAGAGGCUGGGGGCGGAGUGGGGGCAGUAGCCGGGACCGCUACGGACCUCAACUGGGAUACCUACAUACUGAGCGGGGCUGCUAUGAUGAAGGACGGCGAGUGUGUGCGGAGCGGAUACCCUCUCGACUUGGAUAGUCUCACUGUUGGCAGUCGUGUUGGUAUGAUGUGGCACGCGGAUCGCAGCCUGCACUAUUAUCUAGACGGGAUGGACAUGGGCAAGGCAUGGUAUGUGCCCCAUCUCAACAUAUACGCCGUCGUCGACCUGUAUGGCCAGUGCACACAGGUGACCAUACUGCAGAAUGAGGAGAGAGCGUUCAACUACAACGGUUGCACUAACUCGGAUAACUCUAUGCUCAGCAACUCUCGAGCUUUGUCUUCCCCGCCGCCGCCAUAUUGGAGUUUCUCUGAAUACUCUGGGGACAACAUAUGUCUGAUGCACGAUUACACGGUGGCUCGUCGUCUGACGCCUGAUCCUAUGGCGGCGCUGGUAUUCAGCUCUGCGCACCUGGCUAUGGGAGAGCUGUUUGAGAUCAAAAUAGCGGAAUGCAAGCACUCCUACGCUGGUAGCUUCCGCAUCGGUAUCACGGACAUCAACAUCUUGAACGCUCACGUCAACCGCAGUUUGCCUCCCAGCGUCGCCUGUCUUCCGCACUUCACUGCCUAUAUAGAUGGGAGAUACAUGAAAUAUUCGCAGCCAGGCACCCGGGAACAGGAGAUCUGCUCGUUCGUGCCAUCGUUCGAGUGGCUUCGUCCAGGAGACAGGAUCGGUCUUAAGAAAGUCAGCGACUCGCGAGUUAUCGUCUACUACAACUCGGAACAACUCGACACGGCUUUCGAAAAAGUCCCCGACAAAGUGUACGUCGUUAUCGAGAUAUAUGGACACGUCACAAAAAUACAAGCUAUCUCCCAAGGAAGCCUUGGGAACGGAUUAACUCAACAAACUAUUCCGAAUGACAGCGACGACUUUCCGAAGCAUAUAGCAGCACCAUAUAGUUUCAGCCACGCAGCCACAGACACGACGGACGAAGUCUUUGAGCCGACCAUUACCAACUUAGCGAGUGCUGAGAGCGACUUAGUGAACGUUCCGCGACCCAAACGGACGUUAGACGACUCGGCUGAAGACCCUGGCGCCGAGUCUUCAAGUGAGGACUCCCCGAGUGGAGGACCACCAGAAUAUCUCGCUACAGAAGAAGACUUAUCUACAACAGAAGAUGACGCAAUCGAACGUAAGAAUAAGACCACAAAAAGCAAGUACGCUAAGAUGUCCAGCCAAGCGUGGCCGGCUGGGUCCGAUCAAAGUUCGCGUGGUGGUACGCAAGGAAAAGGGAAGGGUAAAGGCAAAAGGGGUUCGUCCACGUCGAAAGACACAGCUGUUCCAUCAACAUCAGCUGAGCCAUGUUUAGCUGAUGGUGAAGAAGUGUCAACGUCCACUGAGGUUCGCGCGGCCUCGCCAGUAGAAACGGCCGUGGAAGCCGCAGGGACGUCUACGGAAACGAGACCUCGGCUUCGUCGGUCUAACCUGCCGUAUACUUUCUACCACAUACAUGGAAGGAAUAUUAAACUGUGCAGCUCAGACACUGUGGCGGUGCGUUUUAGAGGAUACAAAGACGGUAUGGCGGUCAUCAGUCAACCAUUACGCCGUGGACAUAAUUUCAGAUUCCGAGUGGACAAGACGUGCGAUGAAUGGAUGGGCACAGUCACCAUAGGCGCGAUGGGGAUUCUGCCAGGGGAAACCCCAUCUAAUGGGGUGCAUCUAGAACCGCCCUGCUGGAUGCUUUCGAGUGGACUCGUCAACGAUAAUGGAAACUAUUACCACUCCUCAAUGGGCAUGGCUCUGGACGACCUCAAGGAGCAGUCUGUGCUGACCAUCCACUUCCGCUUCACCAGCGAGCUGAUCCUCCAAGUGGACGGGAAACUGGUCGGAUGCAUAGCCACCGUGCCGAGGCGGUUCAGUCACAUCUUCCCGACCAUCGAUCUCUAUGGCAGUAUCUGUCAGGUUUCCGUUCUGCUCCACCCAUACGUCAUCUCGAGUGGCGCGUCCCUGGACCUGCCAGUCAUCACUGAAAAUCACGAAGACACCUUCAAUGAUCUCUCUGAUGAAGAAGACGCCGACUCUUCCCUAGACCCAGAAUCCAGCGCAAAGAAAAAGAAGAAAGCUUACAGCCAGGAUAACCUAGCGAACACACCUUGGGAGCCGCCAUACAUGCCGGCCGGACCAAGCCAUGGACUCAGUUUCAUGCCAUACCGUGUGCCCACUCCGCUGCCGUUCCGAACACCAACUCCCAUCCCCCAGCCCGUGAUGAAGCCGAAGAGUGGUCUCGUAGUCAACCCUUUCAAGAAAAAGCCAAAGAAAGCCAAGAACAAGGAGAAGUCUCGGUCAGAGAUACCAGCUGACGCGCCCAUGCACCGGAGUCUCAACCUACCAGUACGCAACAGAGAUAACAAUGAAUUGGUGAACCGGCAGAUUCAGAAGAGUCAUUCGUCGCACAACUUUAGUUAUACGAUGGAGGAGUUUGAGCCUUCGAGCGGUCUCCGUCACACGUACAGCGUGGGGUCGCGAGUCGGUGAUGCGUGUGAUGGGGCCGUGCACGAACAGUUCUGCGACACAAACAUCCGACACAACGACCGAUAUCCCGAGGCGAGUGAUGUCGACAAUCUCGACAACGAGAUAAUGGAUGCACUCACUUUAGAAACAGGGAACUUACCUGAUCUCACUGAAGAACAGUCUUCGUCAAUAGACGAGUCGACGCAUCACGAUAUAUUUUCGGACUACUGUUCGCCGACUUACUUCCAAUACUUGAAUCAUAUUCUGCACUUGGAUGGCGAGGGAGGGGAUGGACACAGCUUGGAGGCGGAGUGGGAGGCUUCGGGCGAGGGUUGUGAGCAUCUACACCUGGUGCUGAAGUUCUGGCACAAGCUGGUGAUGCCCAACCCGGCGCUGCGGCAGGCAGUCUCGUGGGGACAGGUGCGGUGCUACUGCGCUAACUGCCAGCCUGAUGGGCCACCUACAUUUGCUGGUUGGGUUCGUAUCGAGCGCAUAGACGGCGUUGGUGCCGCGAGCCGUGGGUUCUGGCACGUCGGCCGGUCGUCACUCCGCGCGGCUCAGACAUCCACCGUCGCGACAGGCCCGCUGCGACGACCCAAGUUCGCCAACACGCCGAAUGCCGAACCACCGUAUACUGACUCUUGGUUCGAUGAAGAAGGAAAACCACAUAAUGUCGUGCUGUGUAUCGAAAUGGAUGUUGAGGGCUCUGACGCUGCAAACGACCGUCUCUUAGCAUUCUUGAUCUUCUUAAAGCCGCGACUACCGUCCGAAGAAUGUUCACCAUGCUCGGAGGACUAAACACAUCGAUUAUAAUCGAUUUUCUCCACUCAAUCUUAUCGAUACUUCGCACCGUGAAAAACUAUCGAUUUGUCCAAAUACAGGUAUAUGAUACUCGUAACGGUGUUUGUUCGUAAAUGAUAUUACUAUGGUAGUCAUUAAGGGACGCAAGAUGGUUGUCGUUAAGUAUUAAUUACCUAUAGUAUUUAAUUAUAGUCAUGUGCCGUUAAUUAGGCAUUUUCGAUGCAGUGUUUUUUGAUCUCAAAGGUAAGUUUUCUCUCGAAGACUUUGUCUUAUCAAGAAUUUGAAUAAGUUCAUGAACUUAACUUUUCUCGCAAAAGCACUGUACCUAAUUAAAGUCAAAUAUGGAAAUAUGUUAGUGCUGUGACAAUUACAUGCUCAUAUCGAUAUUAAAAUGUGUGGGUAUUUUGUAUUGGUUUUGUAUGAGAAAAAGUGCGAGAUGCGUGUUUCUAACUCGCAAGAUUUAGGUCCUGUUUCACUGGUCAUUGAUAAAGUGUCAGUUAGCUAUCCAAUAAGUCAUUAAUUUAAAUUGACUUCCGUACAUUUUAAUAUAUUUUAUUUCUCUUUAAUUUAUUAAAUGAAUUUUAUUUGUGAGUUUGUUUUUUUUUUGUUUAAUCUCGUGACAUUUUUUAUCCUUUAUUAACGGAAUUUAUUGUAAUAAGUAUGGACUCUGAAAUAAAUGAUUUAUUAUAUUAUUAUUAAUCCUAUCUACCAUACUGAUAAGGCUUUUUGAACAUGUGAAACGAAAAUUUAUAGUACAUCAGUCAGAUAAGUUCCUGACAGGCUAUCAGAAACUUUAUCAGUAACCAGUGAAACUGGCUAUAUAUGAUUUAUAAAGGUAUGAAUUUUGGUGCUUGUAGGCGAUAGAAAUAGCGAAUUGGUGAACACAAGUAAUCAUUAUGUUUGAGGUAGCGUUGCUUUGUGAUAAUGACGGAAUCAGACUUGGAUGUCAAAUGUUGAAGGACUAAGGAUAAUAUAGAUUUUUAGCCUUAUCACUAGUGGAAGGUUAAUGAUCUGGUGGUCUGUAAAAAAUCGAAUUACGCAAUCUAUUGAAUGUCUCAAAGUAAUCAAAUAACAUUGGUGACUUGUGAAUAUGUUCCUCCACGUCUUGUGGUGUAAAUAAUAGGAAAACAAAUGAAAGCUGUACUGUAUUCAAAUCUAACAUUUUCGAAGAAAUAUGAAGAACAUAUUUUUUACAUCGUCGCGUAAAAACCUUGAGCUCGGUUUUGAUAGAAAAAGAAUUUGGUAAAGGAGUAUGAUAGAUAGAGUUUUAGAGUAUUUGACAAUAAAAUUGCUAACACCUAUUUUGAUGAAAGUUCUUAAAAUAGGAUCUAAUUUAAUUGUUUAGAGCGGUGCGUCUUUUGGUUUAAUAUUUGGGCUUAAUGGCAUGUAUGAUUAUUCAAAUAUCGAUAAACUUUGAGAUCGAAACGCACAGCACUAUCUACAAACUAGUCACUUGAUAUUUGAACACAUCAUGAAAUAAUAUCCGACACAGGCUAUUAUAGUAUUGCAGUCUAAUGCACAUUAUUUUCGUGAUCUCAGAUUUUACUAUUUUAUUUAUUUACACUUGCAGCUAUUUUUUUAGUGUUGUCUUUAUAGAUUUGACUUGGCCGGUUUUUAUAAACAAGUAACCAUUCAUUUUGUUUACAAUUAUGCUAUUUAACAGACUCAGAACAAACGUCAAAUAUCUACUAUUCGUAAGCAAAAGGAUCGUUUCUUGUUUAUAGAAUACGGUCGUUACAUUUUAGACUUUGUAACUGUACGGUAAGGAUGCAUUCACAGUGAUAGAUAAGUGGCGGGAAGAAGCUAUCUGCGGGUGCUGUUUGGGUGUUUAUAGAGGCGCGGUGCGCAGGAGUGCGAUUCAUGAGACUGACUGUGGCUGGACCCUUAUUUAUCUAAUUACAAUCAAUAUGUUCGUUAAAAUAUAUUAGAACGCUAUCUGAACAUAUUUUAUCUUGCUUUGUUAGUCACUUUUAUGAAUACCAGUAAAUGAAUUUAUUCAUCUUAUUGCAGAUAUUUAUUAGGGGGCUACUAAGAAAAUUAUAUAUAUUAUGUCUACAUAAUCAUAUUCGGUAGCGAUGAUGAUUCACUCAAACUUUUAAUAAUAUAGUUGAUCGAAAUGUUUUAGCCAAUGACGGGCCCUAUACAUUCAUUAAAGAUACUUAGAUAACAAGACUAAAUAAAUACAGCUUUAUAAUUAAUAGUGUUUUUUCAAAAUCUGGGUAACUUUAGCGUAUGGAGUAGGGCUCUAUAGUUUAUCCAUGCCGACUGGUAGAUCGUAGGAUUUAAAUAUCCCGACUGCUUGUAAACUGUAGCGUUAAAUCGCAAUAUUAAUGUCGUUUUAAUUAUCGAAAUACAUACAAUGCAUAUGUAGUGUCCGUACAAUAUUUCUGUGUGUAUUUAUUUCUCAAGAAAUAAACGAUCAGCAUCAAUAUCAA